CCGGAACUUCAGCAAGGUCAACAUGGCGGCGUUGUACAGAUCUGUGUGCGUAUCGCUGUUUGUGUCCCAGAUCGUUGCAUGUCCUAUUGGAAUGUUUGGUCAAGACUGCGCUUAUACCUGUAACUGCCAAGAGGAUAUUGAUUGUGAAAACACUAAAGGCUGUGAAUGUUCUACUGGAUGGGGCGGGCCUACUUGUCAGCGAGGCAACAUGGCCCUGCAAAGGAAGGUUCAAGCCAGCUCCGAACAACAGUGGUACCUGGGACCCAAGGUCGCCGUGGAUGGGGCUUUGCACAAUAGGUUUGUGACCAGACUAAACUCGUCGGAGCCAGCAUGGGUGAAGAUAAAACUUGAUUCCGAAAUGUAUGCACCCAGAGUCAAGGUUUUUCUAAAUACAGAAUCUCCAUAUAACCCCAAUGGCCUUCAAGUGUAUACCUCGGCAGCCGGCGACGAAUACCCGGGCAAGUUAUGCUACACGCUGACUGGGAACAACACAGAUGUGCUUGAAGUGACUUGCCCCGGUGUGGCGCUGUUUGUUCGUGUGUAUCUCAACACAAUUAACAGCGAUAGUAAAUACAUCGUACUGGAUCUAGCAGAGGUACAAGUCAUAGGGUGCUCUCAUGGAACGUAUGGAACUGACUGUGCUGAAUUCUGUUUCUGUAACGGCCAUCCUUGCCACCCAACCACAGGGCAUUGUUUACAAGAAGGUGUGUUUCAAGAUGUCUCUAUGACGCCAUCCAUGUCCGCAUUCACACAUGCUAAAGUUGCAGGCACUGAAUCAGAAUCCUCUUCCCCAUCCUCCUCGUCUACACAAGCAGGGUUCUUUGGAGGGGCGAUAGGAUUUGGUUUAGCUCUGCUUAUCUGUGCGCUUGUUUGGAUUUCCAAAAGGACAAGACUGUGUCGGCAUCGGACAAGUACUGAGACCGAUCAACAUGAAGACUUUCAUCUUCUAACAAGAUUAGAUGAGGAAACGAGAUACGUUGUUAGCAAUGUGUAUGAAGACCUAAGGCCGUUAGAAUCACCGAUGGAGAUGAACUCUCAAACAGGUCGUAAGGUUUUAGAUACGUAGCUGGAUAGAAGGUAGAGGUGGCGAAAUAGUACGUUCCUAUUAUUUUCAAAUGAACAAUUGACUUACCUUUGCAUGUGUUUAUGACUUGUACCGUCGCUAAAGGCAAGGCAUGUAUACCCUUUUGCAAACACCGUACAUCAAAGCUAUCGGGAAGUUAUGCAGUGGACACUUAUAUGUUUUAUUCAUAUUCGCAAAUGAAUGUAAGCUGUGCAAACAGAAUAUCAUGGUUACACGACAAUACGAGUUGGGAAGGCCUUGAAUGGAAUUA